AUGCUGUCCCGAACACUGCUCAGAACCCCUUCAAGGGGCCUGAAUGCCCUCUCCAGAGCCAGCCCGCUCUCUGCAAGAAACCAGACCCGCUUGCUGUCAACCUCAUCCGCCCGACAUGCCGACGACAAGCUCAACAAGGUCUCCGCCAACAUCACACAGCCCAAGUCCCAGGGCGCCUCGCAGGCCAUGCUCUACGCCACCGGCCUCACCGACGCCGACCUCAACAAGGCCCAGGUCGGCAUCUCCUCCGUCUGGUACGAGGGCAACCCCUGCAACAUGCACCUGAUGGACCUGUCGGGCCUCGUCCGCGAGUCCGUGGCCAAGGCCGGCCUCGUCCCCUACCGAUUCAACACCAUUGGCGUCAGCGACGGCAUCUCCAUGGGCACCACUGGCAUGCGCUACUCGCUGCAGAGCCGAGAGAUCAUCGCCGACAGCAUCGAGACGGUCAUGAACGGGCAGUGGUACGACGCCAACGUCAGCUUGCCCGGCUGCGACAAGAACAUGCCCGGCGUUGUCAUCGCCAUGGGCCGCGUCAACCGCCCCAGCAUCAUGGUCUACGGCGGCACCAUCAAGCCCGGCUGCACCAGGGGCGGCGACUCCAUCGACAUUGUCUCGGCCUUCCAGGCCUACGGCCAGUACAUCUCGGGCGAGAUCACCGAGGAACAGCGCUACGACAUCAUCCGCCACGCGUGCCCCGGCAGCGGCGCCUGCGGCGGCAUGUACACGGCCAACACCAUGGCCACGGCCAUUGAGACCAUGGGCCUGACCCUGCCCGGCAGCAGCAGCAGCCCUGCCGAGGACCCGAAGAAGAAGGCCGAGUGCGAGAGCGUCGGCGCCGCCAUCCGCAACCUCCUCAAGGAGGACAUCCGGCCGCGCGACAUCCUGACCCGCCAGGCCUUUGAGAACGCCAUGAUUGUCACCACCAUCCUGGGAGGCAGCACCAACGCCGUCCUGCACCUAAUUGCCAUUGCCGACUCCGUCGGCGUCAAGCUUACCAUUGACGACUUCCAGGCCGUCUCUGACCGUAUCCCCUUCCUUGCUGACUUGAAGCCGUCCGGCAAGUACGUCAUGGCCGACAUGCACAAGAUCGGCGGCACCCCCGGCCUGCUCAAGUACCUCAUCAAGGAGGGCCUCAUUGACGGCUCCGGCAUCACCGUCACCGGCAAGACCAUGAAGGAGAACGUCGAGAGCGCCCCCGACUUCCCCGCCGACCAGGACAUCAUCCGGCCGCUCACCAACCCCAUCAAGCCCACCGGCCACAUCCAGAUCAUGCGCGGCUCCCUCGCCCCCGGGGGCUGCGUCGGCAAAAUCACCGGCAAGGAAGGCCUCCGCUUCGUCGGCAAGGCCCGCUGCUACGACGCCGAAUCCGACUUCAUCGACAGCCUGGAAAAGGGCGAGAUCAAGAAGGGCGAGAAGACGGUCGUCAUCAUCCGCUACGACGGCCCCAAGGGCGGACCCGGCAUGCCCGAGAUGCUGAAGCCUUCGUCCGCCAUCAUGGGCGCCGGACUGGGCAAGGACGUGGCGCUGUUGACCGACGGCCGCUUCUCGGGCGGCUCGCACGGCUUCAUCAUCGGACACAUUGUCCCCGAGGCCAUGGAGGGCGGCCCCAUUGCGCUCGUCAAGGACGGCGACGAAAUCACCAUUGAUGCCGAGAAGCGCAUCAUCGACCUCGAGAUUUCGGAGGAGGAGAUGGAGAAGCGGAGAAAGGCGUGGAAGGCUCCCAAGCCGAGAUACACAAAGGGCACGCUGUCCAAGUAUGCCAAGCUGGUGAGCAAUGCUUCCACGGGAUGUGUCACGGAUGGUGCCAUUGCGUAA